AUGGACGUCGAAGGCAGCAAUGGCCGUGAAGGCGGCGAGGACAACAAUUUGGAGCAUGAACUACAGCCCGCAGGACUGGAGAACUUCAAAGUCGAAGAUUACUUUGCAUUCGAUAUGCCACUUUGCCUCACAAACUUCUUUUUCCCGAGCAGGUUGAUCGGUUGA